CCUUCCACUUUUAAGUCUGUGUCUGUGGUCCUAGGAACUCAGCCAUUCAUGGAGGAAUGGACUGUGGGGGAAGGAGGAAGGAUGCAGACAAUCAAGUGUGUGGUGGUCGGGGAUGGGGCUGUGGGGAAGACUUGCCUUCUCAUCAGCUAUACCACCAAUGCCUUUCCUGAGGAGUAUAUCCCUACAGUCUUUGACAACUACAGUGCCCAGAUGUCUGUGGAUGGCCGGACAGUCAGCCUGAAUUUGUGGGACACAGCUGGCCAAGAGGAGUAUGACCGACUCCGGACCCUGUCCUACCCUCAGACCAAUGUUUUUGUCAUCUGCUUCUCCAUUGGCAACCCCUCGUCCUAUGCCAAUGUGCGGCACAAGUGGCAUCCAGAGGUCUCUCAUCAUUGCCCCAAUGUGCCUAUUCUGCUUGUGGGCACCAAAAAAGACCUGCGAAAUGACCUCGCCACAUUGAAGAGGCUGAAGGAGCAGAGUCUGACGCCUACUACCCCUCAGCAAGGGACCUCCCUGGCCAAGCAGGUGGGCGCUGUCAAGUAUCUGGAGUGCUCAGCCCUCAUGCAAGAUGGGGUUGGUGAGGUCUUCGCAGAGGCAGUGAGAGCUGUGCUCUACCCGGUCACCAAGAAGAACACAAAGAAAUGCAUCCUCUUGUAGCUCCAGGGCCAAUGCCUAGGCACAUACUGUGGCCCCUGGGCCUGAUUUGGAAGGGGACUUGGGAAGCGGGGAAGGGGGCAGGGAGGAGCUAGCCACAGCUUGGCAGGACUGCCUACUCCUUGGUGCUGAGCAUUGGUCUUUGUCAGGGAAAAAGAAAGGAGGCAGGUGUGCUUGCAUGGAGUGUUACCUUAGAGUUUUCCUUUCCUUUUCUUUUUUUUGGGAUGUAUUAAUUUUGAAGAAUGUUCUCAUUUCUGUUUCCCAGAUGUUCCUUGUGUUUAGUCCUGUCCCUGCCCUUCUGCCUGUGUCCUUCCUACCUCUCUCCAGGAGACUAGGCUUUUUCAAAGGUUCGAUGGAAACAGGGGCCUCCAGAUGAGGCGAGUGUGGCAGAAAGAGCCUACCCCUGCUGGAAAGCCUUUGGCUUCCUCCUCAGCCCUUCUUUUCUCUGGGCCUCAGGUGACAGUUCUGCUUUGGAUCUGUCUGCUGAGAACUUAGCAGAGAGCAAAUGUUUCAUAAAUAAACGCUCAUUUGUUGAUGCCAAGAUUAAUGGGGGUAAUGGGGCGGCAUGCAGGCCUAGUGGUGGCCCAGCAUUUCAUUCUCCUUCCCUGCCUCGACAAGGAGGAUGUAAGAAAGGGACCAAGCACCACCAAAGGCAUGCUCAAGCUUGCUCCUUACCACUUACAUUAAGGGGAUUCUGUGUCUCUGUUCUUCUGGGCCUGAACUUUGAGACUACUUGGAUAGGGACAGUUUUCUUAUCUCCAUCCCUGCUGUCUGAGGCCUGGUCACAGCUGCUCCCUCAGUGCUUUCUCAGUAGCUUAAGGCUGGGAUUGGCCCACCCCAGAUUGAGGGGCUCCCUGUUUGCCUGGCUAUUCUGUUCCCUCCAUUCUCUCUCCAGCUGAGUUUAUAGCAUUUUGUGAUUUCCUAGAAGGAAAAAGAAAACCUUUUAUUUCUGAUUCUGGGCUCUGAUUGGGGAGGGACAACCUUCUCACACAGUCCACUUUGAAAGAUUACACCGAGGCUGUUGGGAAUCUGGGAAAUGGAAUUAAAAGGCUCUCUCGUGCCUUCUCUCCUUUCUCUUCAUUCCAGCUAGGUGCUGGAUUUUGGCCAGCGUGUGCUUAGAGUGAGCUGGGAGGACUUGAAAUGCAGGUCAGAAGCAACUAUUAAGGGCUUGGUGUAGGGAAUUUGCACCAUCCUUUCUUUCCUCUUCACCCUAAACUAAUUUCUUUCUUAUGUGCCAUAAGAUCAUGAGAUGAAACUUAGCAGGCUUCUUGGUCACUUCCUGCCCAGCUACAGGCAGUGCUUACUGGAAUUUUCAUGUAGCCAGACACCAGUGGACUGAAGCCGUGAAAGAAAGGUCCAGGAAAUAUACUGCUGUCCAUGUAUUGACUUCUAACUAUGCACAUCCAUGCCUAUUUUCACAUUUGUGAGCCACUGUGGUAGUAUCCCAAGGAGGUAGGGGAAAGGCUGCCUCUCUUGGUAGAGUCAGGAUCUUCUUAGCUAAGGUACAUCAGCACUUUGGGGGACGGCGGGGGAAGGCCCUGCUAGAAUAAGGGGAGUGUGUGGGCCUCAAGAGCUGGCCAUUUCUGGGUACACCAACUCUACCAGCUGUUCGGUUAUUUGCUCACCAUCAGCCAAAUGAGAUCUCAAAGGUGCAUUAUGGUCAUUCCGAUGGGUCAAAGUCAGUGGUACCACCUUUGAGGGCUUUGUCAGGGUCUCUGAAUUCUGACUUGCUCAAUCGUUAGCAAAUUCAUCAAAUUGAAGUUUUCAGUUCAAUUUUUUUUUUGCUGUUCCAAAUUUUCUCCCUUCCUUCCCCUACUCAUUGAGAAGGCAAGAAAAAUAGAGCCCAUUACAAAUAUGUCUAGUCAUACAAACCUCAUUUCCACAUUAGCCACCCCCCCCCCCCCAAAAAAAAAAGAAAAGUGAAAAUAAUAUACCUCGGUCUGUAUUCCUGAGUCUACCAGCUCUUUAUCUGGAGAUGGGAUAACAUGUUUUAUCAUGAGUGCUUAGAAUUGUGGUGGGUUAUUGUGUUGUUAAGAGUUCCUAAGUGUGGGGGCAGCUAGGUGGUGAAGUGGAUAAAGCACCGGCCCUGGAUUCAGGAGGACCUGAGUUCAAAUUCGGACUCAGACUUGACACUUACUAGCUGUGUGACCCUGGGCAAGUCACUUAACCCCCCCAUUGCCCCACCCAAAAAAAAAAAAAAACUUCCUAAGUGCUUCACAGUUGAUUUUCUUUACAAUAUUAUUAUUACUUUGUAUAUUGAUCUGGGUCUGCCCACUCCACUCUUCAUCAGUUUCAUACAAGUCUUCCCAGGUUUUUCUCUAAUCAAUGGGCAUCCCCUCAAACUGAAAAGUUUGAAUAUUUCUUCCAGGAAAAUACUCUUUCCCAGUAUAUGAAGAUAUCUGGCAGGGGAGGUUACUCGGUUUUUCUGCAUUCAUUAAUGCUCUAUUGCCAAUGAGGACAAAGGAUUGGCUCUGACUUACUUGGUAGGGCAAGUUUUUGGGGGUAUUUGAUAUGAUCAGCAUACUGAGAUUUAACAAGUGCAACUUUCUUUUGUGGAUUUUAAUCCUGUGGUACCUUCCCUCCCAUCCUCCCACUCUACAAAUCUGGGUAUUGCUUGGGCAAACUGGUUUCCUAUGAAAAUGGAUUUAGCCCAUCUCUGGUGGAGCAGGGAAUCGCCUGUGCCCAUGGCUGAUGGGAUGUGGUACCGUAACAUACACUGGUAACUUGAUUUGUAUACUUAAAUGGAUUUUGUAUGAAGACUAAUAUGUUAGAGUCACUUGUAAAUUAUUCAUAAUUAAAUGGUGGUAAAGCUUUGCUGAUGUUCCCAG